AUGCCGAGCAAGCCCAACAUCGGCAAGCAGCGGACCUUUGACAUCAACUCCCAUCCGACGGAUUUCUUUUUAGAGGGGGUGAGGAUCCCACCAGUGUCCAUGCCCAGAGUCAAAGCAAGGCUCGUCGUCGGUGCCGGCAACGAGCGGCGUAAACAGUACGUUGAAGUAGGACCAGACGCCAACGCGAGACUUCACCUUCUGAGCAAGCUUCGACGUAUGGCCGCGCCGCCCAGCGCCAUUCUCGAAAGCUUUGAUUUAGUUCAUCUACGUCCCUAUAAACCGACUUUUUCUUACUCUAAGAUACUAAUAGAGGCUUGCCGAACAGGGCCUUCGUAUUGA